AAAAGAUUGAUGGCCUGUGCGUGUCAAAUCUAGGAAAUUCGUCAAUCCAGAUUCCAGACACAUCCAAACACGAAGCUCCGCCGUCUCUAGACCCCGUCAUACUGUAUUAAUCAUAUCAUACUGCAUCGAAAUCAUACCUACCGACCAAGGUAUAGACGGAUGUGUGCACUUCAUACGUUCGACGCGCAACCUUUUCCUCGUUGGCGCCAUACGCUCGUUUGAUGCUUUCUAUACUAUGUUCCUGCGAAUUCGAUCUGAUUGUCGUUAAUAACCCAAGCAAUAUUGAAGUAUAAAAGAACAGAUCACAGAUCAUAGAUCACCAACUCAGGUACUCUUUCGAACCAAAUUCUGCUACCGCAGCGAUGCCUCCACCGGCGGUCCCAGAAAUCUCAGAGGAGGUUUUGCAUGAAUCAAUCGAUGCUCGUACAGAGACUUUAGCAUCAUUGCGCGAACUUGGUCCUCCUGAUUUAGUUCAUCUCUUAAAACAGAACCUGAGGAAUACCGGGAAACAGACAGGAGUAUAUCACCAUGUUACCGGUGUCGACGCAUCUUCCUCAGCCAGUCUCGCCGCCUACAUAAACACACUCACAUACAAGGAACAUGGCCAAGUCGCCACACACAAGAUCGUAGAAGGCCUAUACUGCUGUUACAAUGCCUUCUCUAGAUUCGAUAUGCGCGUUCACGUUACCAUUCCCGGUACUGUCGAGGCUUAUUGUGUUGACGAAAGGGGGGAGAAGCGAAAGGCGACAGACGAGCUAUGGCUUGAAACAUACCUCUGCAGUGUUUUACGUGCUUAUUCGUACGCCGACGAUGGAAGCGGCGAGACCAUCAGGAAGAUCAUGGGUGUCAGGCGCUUCAACCCCGUCACUAACACGGAGACCGAGCAUCGUUUUCUAAGCGCCGCCGAAAGUCUCUUCUUCAGGGGAUGGCAACUUGGCUCUGAUUCCGUAGUUCAGGUUCCGAAUAAUGUAUCGAAUCACCUAACCGCAGGUCUACUCAAAUACUUCCAUACGACCGGACGUUUCGCUUCGGCCAUCAACCUCUUCGAGAAAUUAAGAACGCAGAACGUCGAGGUAUCUUCCCUCCUUGCCAAGGUCUUAUUCAUGGGCAACGAGGAAGUGCAAGGUGUGCGCAUACUAUACCAAGCGCUUAAGGACUCCCCAAUGGAUUAUGUCAUGCUCGACGCGCAGGCUGAUUUCCUACUUAAAAAGGCACUAGCGGCCGAAAUCCCCGCGCAAAAGGAGGAGAGACUCAAGAUGGCCUUGGGCUGUGCUGAUCGCAGCACCAUUGCUGCGCCAAGCGAAUUUGGCACCUGGGCAAGGUUAGCGCAAGUCUACGUUGCCAUGGAGGAUUGGGAAAACGCACUCACGAUCCUUAACUCGUGUCCAAUGUUCACUUACCAGGAUAAAGAUGCCCCCGUUAUGCCAGAGCCGAAGGACGUCUAUCUCCCUACUUUGCCCGAGACACGUCUUGAAGAGAUCGACAGCGAACCUGAAUCACGAUAUUCUGAACAAGUGGAUCCCAGCUUGCUCAAUCUUCGCGCUGCGUCGUAUCGUGGUACUUUCAAGUUAGCUUACGGUAUCCUCACGGAGAUGACUGCAAAGAUUGGCUGGGACCAGCUCCUCAAAAUACGAAGUAAUGUCUUCGUCAUGGAAGAUGAAUAUCGAGUCGAAAAGCAGGAUCCUGUCACACAACCUCCGUCGGCGAUGCGAAACCCAAGCACUGAUGGAUUACGCGGUACUCCGGAGCCUACGACGAACGGUGAGCAUACCGAUGAAGAGGAUGAAGAUGGGAAAAGUGCAGUCGACGCCGAUUCGACAGCGCCUACCCUAACGAAUGGACAUGGAGAAGCGAGCAGUGUAGAAAAACCAACCCAUACUAUUGAUCCUGGUGAGGUUAAAGCAGAUGGUGAUACCAGCGCCACUACUGACGAACAUCUCUCACGAUUGAACAAUAAGCGCUUAUGUGAGAGAUGGUUAGAUAGUCUCUUCAUGGUAUUAUACGAGGAUUUGCGCGUAUACACGAUAUGGAGAACGCAGAUGGCGCAAUACAGAGCACAGUCGAUGCAGUACAAAAAGUCGGCCGAGGAAUGGGAAAUCCUCGGUGCCCUAGCAGAACGUCUCCAGCAUCACGAUGAAGCAGUGGAGGCGUAUCGAGCAUGCCUCGCUGCGCGAUUCAGCCCGAAAGCGCUAUCCGGCAUUCUACGCGCUUUCGAGAAACAGAAGAACACUCGAGAUACCGUGGCUGCCGUCAUCCGUCUUGUGACGUGGCAGUACCGCUGGUACUCGGAGUUUUCUCCCGAACUCCUUCACACGAUACGAGCACUUAUCGAGGAAGAAGGCGCGGUCAAAGUUCGAUCCAUCAUUCAAGCGACAAGUCUACCGCAGAAUGUAUUAGAUUUAACUCACCAUUACGCCGCAUUGUGUGCUACGUUUAGGAGCAGCGGUACGGAUGGUUGAGAUUAUAAAGAGGGGAUAUCUUUAAGGGUGAAAGUGGUGUGCCUUCAUGAUAUCCAUAUGUUUAUGCGUAUUCGGCGUAAAAAACGAAACCAUUAAUACAAGAUACUCGUGCCAGUCUUACGAGAUGUCAAAA